AUGUCAAGUUUAGCAUCGCAGUUACAGUCAAUUAACGAAAAGACUGCGUCUAUUGCAUUAGACAGAAAACAAAGAUCAAAAUUACAUUCCCGUUCUUUGAUCUUUGAUCCAAAAGUUGCUGCAGGUCAAGAUUAUGAAACCAUCUAUGAUGUUGCCAUUGAAGGUUUAGAUGAUUUAUCUGAAUUAGAUUCAAGAUUUAACAAAUUUAGACAAACUUUGUUUUCUGAAACAUCUGUUACUUUGGAUAGAAACUUACAAUCAAAAGAAGUCAUUGAUCAGUUGAAUAAAAAUAUUGAUGCAUUUUUGACCUUAGUUGGACCUUACUAUGGAUUAACUUCUUCCUUAAAAGCAGUAGAGUGGCUAGUUAGAAGAUUUCAUGCAAAUAUUCAUAAUGCUGAAGUUAUGAUCUUGACUUCAUUGCCAUAUUUUCAACAACCAAUCUUUAUUAAAGUUUUAAAUGUUAUUCCAAAACAAAAUUUUCCAAAAAUUUUUGAAUGGGUUAGUGGAUACAAAGAUUUGUUGAAAACCCCCCCUUCCAGUUCUGUAUUAAAAGCAUUCUAUAAUGAUUUCCAUUUUUUCAAUUUAUAUACUAAAUUUUUGGAUGAUCAAAUCAAGAAUCAUACCGUCUACAAAGAACAGUUGGUAUUCUACUUGUCUAACACAGUUCAAGUGUUGGCAUCAUAUGCUAAGAAUAUCAAUGAAUUGAAUGAAAAUCACGUACCAGUGGUUCUUGAAACUGUUGGAUUGAUGUUAUUGCCACAAAAGGAAUCAAAGUAUUCAUCAUCAAUAAAUUCAGAUUUAAAAUUAACUGCUUACUCUCUCAUUUCAGUUCUUUCUUCCAUUGUUCCAUUUUCCAUUUCGAUUUUAAAAUCUUUAACUGUCUCAAUUUUGGAAGAUAAAAGUGCCACAAAGGGUUUCUUCAAGCAAACUAUUAUUGUCUUGGCUCAAUUGUGGAACAGUUAUCAAAGUGGAUUGGAAACUUUAGAUUGCUUCAACAAAUUAAAGUUUGAUGAUUUGAAAGUUGAAGAAUUGGACGAAUUACGCUCCGAGAAUUACAAUUUGAGUAAAUUAUUUAUGUUUUACUUGGUGUCCACGUUCCCAUCAGCUCAAUCAUACAAAUUGUUACAGUAUGUUGACUUGUCUUCCAAAGUGUUCUUUGAAACAACCACCAAACUUGUAUUGAGUAAUCUGACUACCCAAGACGAAUCAAUAAGAUCAAGUUUAGUGAAGAUUGCCCACUUGCUUAUAAAGACCAACCUGGGAUUAUUUUUAUCUAUUCUUGAACAAGAAGAUGUCAAAGUAGAUGAAUUGGAAUUAAAACUCAUGUCAGUACUUAUUCAAAAGAAAGAGGAAAAUGAAGACGCUGAGUUUAAUGUUGAUGUUGCUGAAGAGGAUUCAGCAACAACCACUGUUGAUACAACAGAUGUGUUGAAACACAUUGAUGCUGACAAAUUGAAAGCUGUUGGUCAAAGUUACUUCAACUCACAAUUCGAUUCUGAGUUCAAUUCUUUAUUGAAGAGCUUGAGUAGCGCCUUGUCUCUUACUGAAGUUAAAUCACAAGUUUCAGUCAUUUUGUCCUUUUUGCACAAAGUCUUCACAUCUCAAGAUGUUGCAUUCACUUUUGUCGUUAGAGUUGCAUUAACUCCUGCCGUCCCAAUAUCUAUUAGGUUGUCUGCCAUCAAAGCCCUUAGAAUUAAGAUUAAGAGAACUUCCAGUGGUGAAACUGACUUCUAUUUGUUGCUUCCAAUUAUCUUAUUAGGGUUGUUUGAUGAUUCCAAAUCUGUCCGAAUGGGAUUUUCUCUGGUUUUGAGAUUGAUUGUUGACGUCAAAUCGAAAAUUCAUGCUAACAAAAAGAUGAGUAGUGCACUUGUUUUAGAAAACCAAAUAUAUGGUGAUUACAAAGAAAAGAAAUUGCCUACAUCCCAAGACAGUUUAUUGUUGUGUGAUUUGUUAACUGAAGAUGUUGUUAAAGACAUUGUUUUGGAUUCAUCAAGAAUAGUCAAUGUCGUAUUUGAAAAUAUUUUUAAAGCCAAAAGUGGUAAAUCCAAGGCCGGCCGUUAUCUCAAACUGUUUAUCCUUACACAAUGGGCUUUGCCGUUCUUACCUGUUGUUUUGAAAGCUAGAUCUUGGAAGAUUGUUUCUGAGGCCAACAAAACUGGUACCGAUGAUAGAUUUUUCUUCCUUGAUAAUGAUGUUGAAACUUAUUUCAACAAAAGAAACGUUUGGAUUGAACAAGCCAGCAUUGCUGGAAUUGAAUUUUUUGACAAUGUUGAAGUUUCCAUCGUUGGAUUAGUUGGAGGUGUUGCAUCAUCUGGAAAUGAUAAGAGUAUUACAAAAGAAGCGGAAUGGCUUUGUAAAGGAUUGGUACAUGAAUCUGGUAACUUGCAAAUUGCGGUGAACAACAGAGUACUUGCCAUUUUUGACAAAUUUAAAGCUAUUGAUUCUAAGUUGAAGAUUGUCAACAAAUUGCUCGAUCUUUUGAUUGAUGAAGAUAUGGUUGAUUUCGAUCCAAUGGCUACUUUGCAAGAAUUGCCUUUAAAUAAUGCUUUGUUUUUACAAGCUUUAUCCAGUGUCCAAAUUGGUGAUCAAAUGCCAGAACAAGGGCCAGCCAAAAGAAGAAGAAGAUCUUCUAAUUCUGCGAAACAAGCAAUGGCCAGAGAUGAAAUAAACAACAUGGCUUUAACUCAUUUAAAGAAGCUUACUGUUUUGUUAGAAGUAUUAGAAUCUGGACUCCGUAAAGAAAGAGACGUUGUCAGUCCAGAAUUGUUGAAAGCAUUGUUCAAGAUUUUAACUGAUUUGGAGUAUCUUGGUAAUGAUGGUAACUUGCCAGUUCUCUAUGCCCAAGAAACCUUGGCCAAUUGUAUGCUUUUGAGUAUUGUUAAUUUGAAGGCAAGUAGUAAAGAAGUUAAGUUUGACUCCAAUUUCAUCAGAGCUGAUUUGAUUGUUAACUCUAUUAGAGCCUCAAACUCUCCACAAGUUCAAAACAGAUUAUUAUUGGUCAUUUCUGAAUUGGCUUCAUUGGCUCCAGAAAUCAUCUUACAUUCAGUUAUGCCGAUUUUCACAUUCAUGGGUGCUCACACCGUUAGACAAGAUGAUGAAUUUUCCAGCUCUGCUCUACAACAAACAGUUGCUAAGGUCAUCCCUGCAUUAGCUGCUAAUGGAACUACUUCUGUCUCUAGUGAAAUUGAAUUCUUGUUGACAAGUUUUACUACAGCUUUCCCACAUAUUCCAAGACACCGCCGUAUUAAGUUGUUUGUUUCUUUAUCAAAGACUUUGGGUUGUCAAGUAACUAUGCAUAUCAUCUUAUUUUUGAUGGGUCAGCAGUUUGCUAAUAAUAUUCACAAAAAUAAAACUGGUGAAGUUGAAUCUAUUGUUGACUUUGUUCAAGGUUAUAUGAAGGCAUUUACAGCUGAAGAACAAUUGCAUGGAAUUUCCGAAUUUACCAAGUUGUGGAACGAAAUUCCAAUUACUCAACUUGAACCUGGAUCUGAAGAGUUUGAUGCUUUGAACACUCGUGCAAUUUUCAACGGUACUAUUGCUAGUUUGGAAAAUGCUGGAUUAACCGAAUUAAGAAUCGAUUUGUUGCAAUUUUUGAUCAGAAUACUUCACUCUGAAAACAGAUUUGAAGUUUCAUCAUUGAAAACCAAAAUGGCAUUGGUUUUGAUUGACGACGAACAAGAUAAAGAAUUGGUUUUGAGUAAAUUCAGAGACGUAACUUCAUUUGCAUUGUCUAGUUUGGAUACUUUCACUCAUAGCCACCCAGAUAAUAAAUUGUGUACUCAAUUGUAUGCUUUGUUGGGUGAUUUGUUAGACUUGUUACCAUUAAAUUAUUUUGUUGACUCUAUUGUUUCAUCUUUGGAUAUUGAUACAUUGUCUGAUUCAUUAUCCAUCAAAGUUGCUAGAAAUUAUGCAAUUUUAGCAUCAAGAAAGUUUGAAACCGAAUUGGAUGUUGCAAACUGUGAGAAAUCUACAUUUGAUUCUGUAAUUAAUAAUUUGUUGCCAGUAUUAAUCAAAGGCAUUAAGAAGAACAUUGAUGUUGAAUUACAACAAUCUUACUUGAAUGCAUUUUCUACUAUUGUUAACAAGUUUGGUUCAUCAAGUGCAGAUUUUGCCAAUGCUGAUAUCUCCAAGGUUCUUAUUGAAUCAUUGGGAACUAUCACCACUGAUCGUGGUUUGUUAAAUGAACUGCCAGAAAUUAUCAUUGCUUCUAUCAAUGCCAUCACCAGUAUUGUCAAUGCUUUGGGGGUUAAAACUCUUGGUUUGUUCCCUAAGGUUGUUCCACCAGCUCUUAAGAUUUGGGAAACCACUACCAAGAAGGAUAGUGAAAUCUCCAAGUUGGUGCAAGGUUCUGUGUUAGUUUUAUUAUCAUGUUAUAUUAAAAAGAUUCCUGCUUUCAUGACAACUACUUUGGACUCGGUUUUGUUGACUAUUUUAUCUAGUGACUUGAUUGAAGAUCAAAUCCGUUCCAGCAUUUUGAAUUUGAUUGUGGAUCACAUGGAUUUGGCACAAGUUUUGAAAUCGUUGUGUAAUGUUUGGAUCAGCAAAGAGUUUUACACUAAUGAUAAUUCUAAUAACAUUACUUUAUUCUUGGAAGCUAUGCAAGCCACUAUUGAUAAGAUGGAAAAGAAACAGGCUAUUACUCAAUCUACUUUGUUUAUGAAAUGGCUUAUUAGUGCAUUUGAAUUCAGACAAUAUUCUGAAGAUAAUGAUGACAAGUUUGAUAUUAACACCAUUCAUGACUUGGAAGGUUUAUUCCAUGGAUGUGCCAUUGCAUUUGUCAUGAAAUUGAAUGACAAGAGUUUCCGUCCAUUGUUUGCUAAUUUGGUCAGAUGGGCAGUUGAAGGGGAAGGUGCUACUUUGAAAUCAGGUGAAGUUUCAAGAUUGUUGGCCUUCUUCCGUUUCUUUAACAAACUUCAAGAUGAAUUAAAGAGUAUUAUUACUUCUUACUAUUCUUACUUGUUAGAUCCAACCUCGGCAUUAUUAAAGAGAUUUUCUGAAGGUGAACUUGAAGCUUCUAAUUUGAGAAGACUUGUUUUAGUUUCUUUGACCACUUCAUUUAAAUUUGAUCAAGAUGAUUACUGGUCACAACAAGGUAGAUUUGACAGUAUUUGUAUUCCAUUGUUGGAUCAAUUAUCAAAUAUUGAAGAAUCCAUUGGUAAAUAUUUAGUCAAAGCCAUCAGUACAUUUGUUACCAAUGUUUCCUCAGAAGAAUAUAAUGAAACUUUAGUCCAUGGUUUGAUUAAAUUUAUUUCUAAUGAAAAUGAAAAUUCAUCAUCUACUAAGAUUUGGACAAUUCGUUCAUUAAAGACUAUUUUCCAAAAAAUGGGUGAACAAUGGUUGACUUACUUGCCAACAUUGGUGCCAUAUAUUGCUGAAUUGUUAGAAGAUGAUGAUGAAGAAGUUGAAAUGGAAGUUAGACGUGGAUUGGUUAGAGUUAUUGAAAACGUCUUGGGUGAACCAUUAGAUAGAUAUUUAAGUUAG